CCGCCUUGUCUCCUUUACCACAGAUCCCUGCAUUGAUUGAUAUAGCUCGUAAUGUGGUGCAGUAGAACAGCGCUCGGGAGACUGCGGAGGAUCGCCCCGUGUACCGUCACCGGAUUUCAUCGCGCAAUGUCCACGUUACCGAAGGUGUAUGUGACGCGCAAGGUGCCGCCGGAUGGACUGGACAUUCUCCGCGAAUCCGGACAGGUGCAGUUUGAGAUGUGGGACUCUGAUGACCCUGUGCCGCGAGUGGAGCUGCUGAAAAAGGUCAAAGGUUGUGAUGGAAUUCUAUGUGUACUCACAGAGAAGAUUGAUGCACAACUAUUGGAAGCUGCAGGUCCAAAUCUGAAAGUUGUCAGCACUAUGUCAGUGGGCUUUGAUCAUCUUUCUCUGGAUGAGCUCAAGAAAAGGGGAAUCCGUGUAGGAUAUACUCCAGAUGUUCUGACCGAUUGUGUGGCUGAAUUGACUGUUGCCUUGUUACUCGCCACAUCCAGAAGACUAAUUGAGGCCACACAUGAGGCUAAAACGGGUGGCUGGGGAACAUGGAGAACUUUAUGGCUAUGUGGUCAUGAACUUGCAAACAGCACAGUUGGCAUCUUGGGACUUGGGAGGAUUGGUGUGGCUAUCGCAGAGCGUCUGAAGCCAUUUAAGGUGAAGAAAUUCAUCUACACAGAUGUGGAGCAGAGACCGGAGCUUGCAAAUAUGAUAGAGGCAGAAUAUGUCUCUUUUGAUGAGAUGGCCAAGCAGUCUGAUUUCCUGGCUGUAUGCUGUGCUCUGACUCCAGAGACUCAUGGGAUCUGCAAUUUGAAUCUCUUCUCCAAGAUGAAGAAAAACGCCAUCUUUAUCAACACAAGCAGAGGUGGAGUGGUUAAUCAGGAGGAUCUGUAUGAAGCCCUGUCUACCGGUCUGAUCGCUGGAGCCGGGCUGGAUGUCACCACACCUGAACCACUGCCCACACACCAUCCUCUUUUCACACUCAAAAACUGCGUGAUUCUUCCCCACAUUGCCAGUGCUUCAUAUACGACACGGAACUCCAUGUCUGCUCUUGCUGCCAACAACCUGCUGGCUGGACUCAGGGGAGAACCCAUGCCUAAAGAACUUAAACUGUAAAACUAGACAGUUAAGUAAUAGUUUAUACGAAAAUGAAAAAUCUACUUUGGGACACAAAGAUAAUUUCUGAAAAAUCUUCACGUAGCUAUUUUUCAUAGGAGUACACUUCAUAGUGACCCCAAAUGACCAAAGAAAGAGACAAAUUAACUAUUUACAUGUUAUAACCAAUAACCAAUAAAUGGCCAAUCUGUAUAAUUUUAUCUAAAAGAAUGAACAAAAUAAACCAUAAAAUAUUAAAUCAUUUUCAACGCUACAAGUUAAGUUUUGGCAUCACAACAUUACAAUGUUCAGAAUAAAUAAAAAUGGAUAUUCAUUUUGA